AUGAAUUUUUCAUUAUAUUGUAAUAUCGGCCAAGUUUAUAAUUCAUCUGAAAUCACUGAAAAAGAAUCAAUUUAUAAUUUCAGAGUAAUUUGGAGAUUUUUUGACGCUAUUAAGAUGGUGACACCGUAUUGCAAAUUCAUUCCUGGAGAAACUCGUCUUCAAGCCAUCAAUUAUGAACUGAAACGUCGAGGUCUUUCAUUAUCUCACUACUACAAUGCAGACGGUAUUCUUAUCGACAAGGAUUUUGAUCUGGAACUUGUGAUUUUGGAGACAACCGGGCCAUUUGGCUUGAAAGACGUCCCUCGCGAAACCACUGACCAUAUCAAGGCUGCAUAUGGAUUGCUUGCGAUGUUACAUAAAGUGGCCUACUGCUAUGAAUAUGCUGAUGCUGAUAUCUUUAAGAAGCUGAAGGUGUAUUUUGUACACGCUGCUGAAGAAAGACUUCGCCUUUGGUCUUUUGGCCUUGUUCAAAAGGAGCUGUAUAUCUUCAAUCGUGUAAGAAGUGCAAAUCUGUCUUUGACCCAUAUUGGCUCAAAAGAAAACUUCAUGGAUGUCACGAAUUUAAUGUGGGAACUCAAGAUUAACAUUGACAAUUCCCACAAAAUAUUGCAAGACAUAAAAAAAAACCAUGAAGAAAACAAAAAAGCCAUUGAACAAGGCCUUGAUGGUCAUGAAAAAAUUAAAAAAUUGGAAGAACUGCUGGCAGAAACUGCGGAGGUGAAGUUGUCUUCUCGUGUCUCAGAAGCUGAAGACAUAUAUGUCUUCCCUUCGGACAAUGAAUAA